UCCUCACAAUUGCCCUUCUCUGAUUUUCCGGGGAGCUUCAGAGCCUCCUGGUUCGCCGGAAACCUAGAUCUCUGCGGCGGACCAUUGAAACACUUUCACCAUUUCUUCCAUCUCUUCCUUUGAUCACAAUAUUCGUGUGAAAAAGACAGGCAAGCUCUCCACGGCGGCGAUUAUGGCGAUCAUCCUCGGAAUCUCUCUUCCUCCUCCUCUGCCUCACAGACAGGCGCCGGGCAACCAAAGAGCGCGCAAAACAGAGGCGACGGCGACGGUGGAUACUCCGCCAGGGAUAUCGCCGUCGAAGUGGGAAGGUGUUCUGAAUUCUGUGAUCAACAGGUUGCUUGAAGCGAGGGAGAAACCGGGCAAGAUUGUUCAGCUGUCUGAAAGCGAAAUCAGACAGCUCUGUUUUGUCUCCAGAGACAUCUUCUUGAGGCAGCCAAAUCUCUUGGAGCUUGAAGCUCCUGUCAAAAUCUGUGGGGACAUUCAUGGUCAGUAUUCAGAUCUUCUGAGGCUCUUCGAAUACGGAGCACACCCUCCUCGCUCGAACUACUUGUUCCUCGGAGAUUACGUGGAUCGUGGCAAACAGAGCAUCGAAACGAUCUGUCUUCUUCUCGCUUACAAAAUCAAAUACCCAGAAAACUUCUUCCUUCUCAGAGGAAACCACGAAUGUGCUUCCAUUAACCGCAUCUAUGGCUUCUACGACGAAUGCAAACGGCGUUUCAGCGUCAAAAUCUGGCGAACUUUCACCGAUUGCUUCAACUGUCUUCCCGUCGCAGCCCUCGUAGAUGAUCGGAUUCUCUGUAUGCAUGGCGGGCUUUCUCCCGACCUGCGCAGCUUGAGACAGAUAAGGGACAUUAGACGACCUACUGAUGUUCCCGACAAUGGUUUGCUCUGUGAUCUCUUGUGGUCUGAUCCUGACAAAGAGAUCAAAGGUUGGGGAACGAAUGAUCGAGGAGUUUCUUACACAUUCGGGGCCGAUAUCGUUUCUGGGUUUCUGAAAAGGCUCGACCUUGACCUCAUCUGCCGUGCUCACCAGGUAGUAGAAGAUGGAUUCGAGUUCUUCGCGAACAAGAAGCUCGUCACGAUAUUCUCGGCACCAAAUUACUGCGGUGAGUUCGAUAACGCGGGAGCUAUGAUGAGCGUGGAUGAAGAUCUGAUCUGUUCUUUCCAGAUUCUGAGGCCUACCGACAAGAAAUCGAAAUUCAGCUUCGGAAGCAGAGUUGCUGCAAAAACGAGCUUUCCUUAUCCCAAAGCGAAGUCCAUUCUAAGUUCCAAGAGCUCGAAGUACUAGAACUGAUGAAGAUCUCGGUCUCAGAUUCUGCAGAGCAUGACCAUGUUCCGGGCUCCGCAUCUUCCAUGGGAGAGAAUGAGAAUGUUAAAAUACAAUUUCAGACAAUGUAAAAAGAAAAAAUUAUGUUUUUUUUUUUUUAAUUUUCCAUUUUCUGGUUCAGUGCCUUGAUCCAAAACGAACCGUUUUAAAUUGGGUCUCAAAUGGGCCGAUAGAUAAAAUGAUAGUGGGCCUCGGAUUGGGUUUAUGAUA